AGUACUGUGCCCGAUCUCGCACUCGCUGCCAUUCGUCAUUACGACAACGUCAAUAUUCCUGUGCACGAAAAUCGAAACUCAAUGGACUAUUCGAAUUUUUAACCCGUUUUUCUGAAUUAAUAAAGGGGUUUUAUAAAUUGUUGGAGAGUGCUUGUGGUGCCUGUGUCGAGCCUCUGGAAUGUCCUGGGGCUUCCAUUUUCCCAAUUACACAAUUCUGGGGGUUUUAAUAACGAAAUUAGGAGGGUGAUAAUCCGGUGUGACAAUUCGAUGGAAAAUGUUGAAUUUUUCGUUGUCGAAAUAAUGGAAUAAAAUCGUGGAGAAUGGGGGAUUUUCACGGUUUUUCGAAAUUUAGUUCAGGCAAUUCGUAAAUUAUUCAUUGAUUUUGUUCAUCCUUACUGGCGAGGCUCGACUCUCGUGAAAAAUGUUUUCAAUUUGAAAAUCGAAAUUUCGAAUUUGAUCGGGUGAGGGUUAUUCUAGUAGACAUGGUGCAUCGAAUACUGAGACGUAUUGUUCUAUCGAACAUAUCAAACUGCGGCCCGAAAUUCGUGGGGGUACUGGCACCUCUGGUCGUACCUCCUCUUCAUAUUUUAUUUCUUUAUUAUUUUUGGAGAGAGUACUCGAGAGAUGUGGACAAGCAGUACUGCUCGUGCUCUUGCUGGGAUACUGUAUUCAAAGGUUCCUACGAGUCAGGAGUUGCUUCCUACAAGCACAUGUACUUCAACGCGACCCCCAACAGCUUGAAAAUAUGGGCAACAAUAGUGAUAGGAGUGGUGGCAUUCUACGAAACAGCAAAGUACCUAGCCUGGCUGGCUUUCCAGCGUCGUUUGAGACUAGGAAUGCUGGUUCUCUUUAUCAGUGCGAUAUUCUCGCACUACUACUCCUGGUGGGUUUACAUAAACUACUGGAACGAUGACUUCUACUCCCAGUGGUACCACCAAAUGUUCUUCUCCAUUACCGAGCUUAUAUCCACGGUAUUGGUGGUGCUUCUAGCUGACAGCAAGAGCCCAGUCACUGGGAAGAAAUCUGUGGUCAUCAGUGGCAUUGGAAUGGUCCAUAUUUUUGCGGGGAGCUGGGAUCAGUUCGUCACUAAUGUACUGAGGGGCGAGGGUUACGCUCAUCAGGUAAUUCGUGAUCUAGGGUUCAUGAUUCCCGAUAUUCUCCACGUUCUAAUCCCUCUGUUCUCCCUACGAUGGCACAACGAUGAGUUACUCCCCGGAGCUGGACUGAAAAUUCGUAAAAUAAAACGCGAGGUGACCUGUAUGAUUGGACUAAUCCUCGUGGGUCUCGGUAUGUGCGCUGUCCUUUGAUCCUGAUUCAACCAUUAAUCAAAGUGUUUUUACCAAUUUUAUCAAAGAAAACCAUCUUGUUGGACGAACAAAUUAUUUUCAUAUUAAAUCGUAAGCGAAGACUCCCGUAUUGAAAGGUAUUUUUAGAAGUAUUUUCACGAAUUCCAUCGGUCUUCUUUGCAUUGUUAUUGCAAUUCAUUUUUUUUCUCGUUCAAUUUUCCGAGAAUAUGUCCUAUCUAUAGAUAAAUCUACUGAUUAUUCGUCGGCCUAUUAAUGAGACUGCAUUGAGUUUUUUUCGGUAGAUUUAAUUUUUUCUUUUUUAAAACUCAAAUCAGUAGUGAAGCAGCAAAUUAA